CUCUCUUUCUCUCUCUGUCUCUCUUUCUCAUGCUCAGUCUCUGCUUCCCUCAGCGUGGGUGACUCGAAAGAAUAGGCGGAGGAGGAGGGAAAUCCGUCGCACGUUUCCUCCUUUUCCAGUCUCAGAACUGAUAUAAGCCUUUUGACGCGUCGGAGAACCAAAAGAGCGCAAGACGCAAAAGUGGUCGCUUUAAAACGCAUUGGAUAUAACGCGCGCUUUUGUUCGGCAAUUUUUUGCGACUUAGAACACCGACUACAACGAUUAUUAUCCUAACAAUGUCAUCUACAGACGUGGAGAGCCUCCAGCCCGUCCCUCGGCAGCGCAGCAGGUGCUUGGACGUGUUCCUGCUCUGCUCCGUUAUCAUUCUGUUCGUCAUGGUGCUGUCCGGUCUCGCGCUCGGGUUCUGGGUCAUUAAAGACCUGCGCGCUGAGAUGAAGCCUCCUUUCGGUCAGCUGGAAGGCAUCAAGAGCCCCAUAAUCAGUGACAUUCCGAAAACGAUCGAAUCCUCCUACAAGGCGCAGAAUUUCGCGUAUUUUAUUCCCCAGACCGGUGAAGUAAAAAAUGCCAGUAUGCUGUGGAAACCAAUCGAAUACUUAAACUCCAGCACCAUAGGCUCAAGCUACAGCUUUGAACCAACUAACGGAGUGCUGACGGUGAAUCGGGACGCUUCUUACUUCCUGUACACUCAGCUGAACCUGACCUGCGUUCAUCGCUGCGGUAAAGGAACCCUCAGUGUCACCUUCGAGAAUAAUAAGAAUGAGGAGCUCCUGACCUGCUCACUUCACCUUCCAAAGAUGCCUUCAACAUCUAAUCAUGUAGUGGAAAAAUGUUGGACCGUGAUUCCUCAUCUUGUUAAAGGAACCCGGCUGAAUGCCAGGAUGCACGGCUUCGUGGCACCACAGGGAUGGAGUCUCGAUCUUAACCACUCCGGAUUUGGCAUGUUCCUGAUUGAGUAGAGGAUGGGACAGAUGUUCACCAGCAAAUAGAGACAGAGUGUGAAGCCUAUGUAUGAAACUAUAUGCUAUUACAGGGUGCGGACUCGAACAAUGCUUGAAGAGACCUCAAGGGUUCUCAUUUUUGCACUUUUAGAAAUGUGCUGAUGUGAAACAUCACAAACACCUUAUUAGUGCAAUAUUGUACCUUUUUGGUGGAAUCUCAAAAACAGAAUUAUGGGAUUUUCUUUCCAGAGAACAUUCAGUUCUGGACAUUUCUAUCCUAUUGAUGUAAAGGCACUGAUGAUCUUAAGCUUUCAUGAUAACUGAUAUCAGUAUUAUGCAUCCUGGAUAACGCGGUAUAUUGUAUUGGUAUAUUGCUGCUUUCUCAGGUAGAACUUUCUUGAAGCACUAUUUAUAUUUUUAUACUAAUUAUAGUAAUCUAUUUAUAUACUGUUUGUACAUAUGCAUUUUUAUUCUUCAGGUAUUUAUGUUAUUUGUUGCAAAACUGUUGUAUUGUAAGACAGCAGGUAAUUUUUACUGUUACACAGUAGCUGAAGAGUAGACGUCACUACAGCCUGUGGCCACACACACGGCUAAUCGCAGACACAGAGCGCUGACUAAAGUGCCUUUAAAUGGGAGUGCAGACGUCCUGUAUGCUUCUUCAUCACAAUGUGGCGAAAAUGUAAUGUCUCUCUGACAGAGACCAAUGAUGUGGUUUUAUAUUCAGGAAUGUAAUGCUAUCAUGUAGUCAAUAAAAGAGACAAUAUUGUACAUCUAA